UCUUUGUCAUUACACUCACCACAAGCAGUAAGCAGCAGUGAGCAGCCUCGGAUGUUGUCAUCAUUUUAGAUCAAUAGGCCCGAUCCGUGCAGUAGGUUGUGGAGUGUUUCAGGACCAGCGGGCCAGGACCUUGAUUCAGUCCGGAGCGGAGAAAACAUUGAACCCUGCUGUACCGACAACUCGACUCAGAUCACACUUCAGUGUCACCAUGCGCUCCUUCAUCACAUCUGCCGCUCUGCUGUGUCUGCUGGCGGGGGCUGUGGCAGCCGUUCAGACCCCCCACACAGUGUUCUUGGACAAGCAGCAGGCGAGCUCUGUGAUCUCUCGCCAGAAGAGGAACGUGGACGGCAGUAACCCGGCUCCGUCUUCCAGCUUGGAGCAGGUUUGCAUGGAGAAGGUGUGCUCCUACGAGGAGGCCAGAAAGGUCUUUCAGGACUCGUACCGCACGGAUAUCUUCUGGUCUGUCUACAUUGACGGAGACCAGUGUGCAGAGAACCCCUGCAAGAAUGGAGCCAUGUGUUCGGACAGUGUGGGAGGCUACGACUGCGUCUGCAAGUCGGGAUUCUCAGGGGUCCACUGUGAACAAGACCAGACUCUGUGCAUCCUGGAAAAGAACAAAGGCUGCUCCCAGUUCUGUAAACCAGGUUACACGUCCUACGAGUGCUCCUGCGCCCGCGGAUGGAAGCUCAGCAACACGGACAGGAAUAAGUGUGAGCCUGCAGUCAAAUUCCCCUGUGGUAAGGUGAACAGUCUGAGUCGGUGGGAUGACAGACUGGCCAGCAAUGUUCGCAGCAACUUUGAAGGACUUAGCUGUAGUUCUACAGAGUGUCCCUGGCAGGCUCUUCUGAAAAGUUCAGAGUCUGCAGGUUUCUGUAGCGGCGUCAUUCUGAAGGAGAACCUGAUAUUGACUUCAGCUCAGUGUGCCAACAAAUACAGCUCCUUCCAGGUGGCUGUCGGAAAGCGCAGCACCAACUUCGAUGAUAAAGAGCAGACGCUGUACGUAAAAAUAGUUCACGUCCACCCGCGCUAUGUGGAAGGUCGCCCGGAAAAUGACCUGGCUGUGAUUGAGCUCCGCGACCGCAUCAUCUUUAAAAAGGAAGUGACUGCUGCCUGUGUGCCAGAAAAAGACUUUGCCGACAGCGUCCUGAUGAUGGGAGAAUUCCCGGCCAUAGUCACUGGCUGGAAAGAACCCAGUCAGGUAUCUGCUUUCCAGGGCCCGCUUUCCCUUAACCAACUGGCGUAUAACCGCCUGCCUCAGUGUCUGGAGACUCACCCCAACCUGAUGACCAAUAAAAUGGGCUGCACCACUCCCCGUACCAAUGCUGACUGCAACAUGAGCUCUGGCAGCCCCCUGCUCACCCUGUACAAGGAGGUGUUCUACCUCACUGGGGUGGUCAGCCAGCCGCCAGGGGCCGACUGCAACAAAGGCUACAUCUUCCAGAAAGUGUCGCGCCACCUCGGCUGGCUGCGGCCUCUCAUGGGUUCCCGUUAGGUGGGGUAGUCAGGGAAAACAUGGAGGUUAUGGAAAAUAUAUUAUAAUGCAGGUGAAUAAAUACUAAAGCAGGGAAUCAGAUAAUUUCAUUUCAUUGAGCCCUUCUAGCUAAACCUUCGUUUUGUCUUUGAGUGUUAAUACUCAUCUCCUAAUGGAAAAAACUAUGACAACCAUAUAGUCUCAAUAUAGGUUAUUGCUUCCCAUCUAUCUCUGUGGACUUUCUAAUUUAUCCACAAAGUGGCGCUCUGUUAACAUAAACAGAGAAGCACUUUCUGUAUGUAUCUGCCAACCAGAGGCUCAGAAGCAGCAAGAAAUGCAUUGAAUUAUUCAGCAUGUUUUGUGACGUGGACGUACCUUAAUAACUUUUAUGUGAUGUUAUUUUUAGCGACUACUGUACUGGUUGACCAGGUAAUCACUGUUCUAUGAAUGUAAUAAACCCUAACAACACA